AUGAAAUCGCAGAAUGAAGAAAACCUCACCAUGGGCAGCCGUCUCCGGCUAUUCUCCAAGACUACGGUUUUCAUCAUGAUAUACACGGCCAGCUGUGCCUUCAACUUUGGGUACGACGUUGGAAACUUCGGUGGCGUUCAAGGCAUGCAAAGCUUCGGAAAGAUAUUCGGCCAAUACUAUGAGAAGACGGGGAAAUACGCCCUGCCAGCGUAUCUCUCCUCUGUCAUGACUUCGGUGCCCUUCUUCGGAAAAGCUUUGGGUGUCAUUUGCGGCGCCUGGAUUGCUCAAAAGUUUGGCAGAAAGCCGGCGAUAGCGAUCCUGAUUGCCAAUGGCUUCAUAGGUAUUACCUUGCAAACCGCGGCAACAACAGCAGCGCAGUUUACAGUGGGCCGUGUGAUGAAUUUUGCAACAACCGGAUUGACGAUCAUUGUGGUACCUAUUUACCUUGCUGAAACAAGCCCUCGUGAGCUUCGAGGAAUGAUGAACGCAACGAUCCAGUUGAUGAUCAUCCUGGGUCAAUUGGUAGCCUCACUGGUCAACUUGGGCACCAAGGACUUUAAGAGCAACGCGGGCUGGCGAAUCCCGGUCGGUCUUCAAUUCAUUCCUGCAGGACUUCUGGCACUGCUCUGGUUUAUGCUACCCGAAUCGCCUCGAUGGCUCCUCUCACAGCAUCGCACUGAAGACGCCGUCAAAUCCCUCCAGAAGAUCUCCAAGAACAGCAAGCCGAUGGGCGAAAUCGAGUCCGACAUCGCCAUGCUUCAGAGAGAGCGUGCUAAUGAGAGCAAGGGUACUUGGGGAGAGGUGUUUGACAAGACAAAUAGGCGUCGAACGGCCGUCGCCGUGCUUGCAAUGUUUGGACAGCAAAUCACGGGCCAGGCUUUCGUUUCUCAGUAUUCGGUCAUCUUCUACCAACAGCAAGGCUUUGCAAGCGAGGCAUUUGUCUUCACAGUGCUCAAUAACGUGGUCUCGUUGGUGUGUCUCAUCUUCACCUGGUUUAUUGUCGACUCCGUUGGUCGCAGGCCGAUCCUUCUCUUCGGCGCAUUCAUGAUGGCGCUCUUUCUACUUAUUUUAGGAGGCCUUUCCACAAUCUCAGACCCGACCCAGGCGGCAAGGCACAUGAGCAUUGCCAGCGUCAUGCUUUUUGGAGCCGGGUACAGUCUUUCGUGGGCACCAGUGUCCUACAUUAUUGUCAGCGAAGUUGCGUCGACAAGAGUCAAGGAGAAGACGAAUUUGCUGGCCUGCGUGAUCUCCGUCCUCACGACCUUCGUCACUUCCUUCACCAUCCCUUACCUGAUCAACGACCAAUACGCCGGGCUCGGUGGGAAGGUUGGCUUUGUGUACGGCUCCAUCUGUGCCGCCAUGUUUUUCGUGGCCUAUCUCUUCAUCCCCGAACUUAAGAACCGCAGCUUGGAAGAGGUGGAUCAGCUGUUUGCCUCAAGCACUCCCAUGCGCAGGUUUGGACAGGUCAAGACUCAGGCGGCGGAAAAGAUUGAAGCCACCGAGGUGCACGAGGUGGAGUAUACCACCAAGGAUGAGGAAGCGCUCAACGAUGACUCGAUUCCGCAGGACUUGGGUGUGCUACGAUCCCUGAUCGAUGCUUACUUUGAUCAUGUCCAUCCCUUGAGGUGUCUGGGUUUUAUCCACAAGCCAACCUUCAUUUACGCCCUGGAGAGAGGUGCGUUGACAGACGAAUACAAUGAAGCAUUGAUCUACAUAAUGUGCGCUUUUGGAGCAAAGUACUUGUCCUGGGACACUCAUCGGCCUCUCUGCCUUUCUGAUGAUGAAACCGAGGUGCCUGGUGCUCAGUGGGCGAGAAAGGCCAGGGAAAUCGCGAUGAAAGACAUGGCCAUCCCGUCCCUGCAAAAUCUCAUGGCCUUGGUCCUCAUCUCAGAAUACGGCGCUGGUGCUUGCGGAAACGCCAUUGCCUUCGUGUUGGCCGGCUGUUGCCAACGUCUGGCUCGUCUCCUUGGCCUUGAUGCUACCUCCAGGUCGAGCGUGAGGUCUGGCUUCGAAUCUUGCGAGCAUGAGAGCCGCAGGAGGCUUAUGUGGUCUUGCUUCAUCCUCGAUGGCAUUGUCGGCUCGGGCGUCGAUGCGCACAGUCUAUCUAAGGACACGAUCCCGAAAAUCCCUCUUCCUCGCCCCGAGUCCGAAUUCUUGUCUCAAGUUCCAAUUGACGAACAGGAACUACCCAGACUCGAGAGUAUGGAAAGUCCAGAAGCGAUCCAACCCGUUGACUACCGAGGCCAAGUCGUCUACCUUGUCCAGCUGCGCACUCAGGUCCUUAGGUUGAUCAGAGGAUCGCUCUCCGCGAGCGAUAUUCAGGGCCCAGACUCCCCCUUUGUGGACCUACUCAAUCGUCUGGAGUCGUGGUACGCGAAUGUCCCCGCGAAACUUCGUAUCACCGAUCUCAACAUGUACAUCCUCAAGGAAUUGAACAUGCUCGGGCCAGUCUUUGCUCUUCACCUUUUCUACCAUACGGCGGUGUCCGACCUGACGCGUGUAUCGCUUCCUGGAUUCAAUUUCCCCCUUGCCGCCACCUUCGAGGAGGUCUCUGAGGGUUUCCGUCGAGACUGCCAACGACGUUGCCGUCACCAUGCCGACGAGGUCUCGCGGCUGAUCGGUAUUGGACUGAAACACGGAACUCGACCAUUUGACGACCCAUUUUGCUUCACCGCCGCCUACGAAACGACAAAGAUACAAAUCAUCCACUGCACUACAACAGAGAACCGUCGGCAGAGGGAAAGAAGCUCAGCAGAAGCAAACAUCCGCUGCAACACCAGACUGAUGACGUUGAUGGGGCGAGAUGGCUCUCAUGUCCAUGUACGACCCCUCGUCGCCCUCUUGCACCGGUUCGGGUUCUCCAAGAUCGCUCUCGAAUGGGACCCUAGGUCCUCGGCCGACGAAGACGACAAUGUCGAGAUCUCGAGCCCCGUGGAUUCCAACCAUUUGUCCAACGUUUCGAUACUCAGGAUGGCUCGCGCGGAGAUGCGCCGGCACGAAAGCCAGAGUACCAAGAGUCCAGCGUCCCAGGGUGGCAUGAUCACGUCUUUAGCAGAGGAUGGUCGAGGAUCCAGCGCCAUGGAGCAAGUGCAGAGUCCGCUGCUGGCCGAUCGACGCCAUCGUGGGAGAGACUCAAGGAUCGUGACCAGAAUCCCCGACGCUGGAGAAUUCCAUUCGGCUUUGGACAAUGCGACGUCUCCGCCGCAUUACACGGCCGGGCUUCAUCGCCCAACGGGCUUCGACUCGAUAACCAGAGUCUCCGCCGACAUCAGGCAGGACUACAGCACUCUCAACACCGACAACGACCAGCCCUACAACCACGCGACCGUGGACCCCGUCGGGUCGGCUGGCCUGUUCCCAGACGCGAGCUGCUUCCUCGACGCUUCCGCCUCGGACGACUUUGCCGACGACUACGCCAAACUCGCGAUGGAGAUGUCCGACUACAUCACCUGGAACGCCGCGGACUAUACUCCAUGGCUGCCGCUCAAUCCUGACCCGACGACACAGGACACGCAGAACUACGUCCAGCACGGCGACCCUCGGCCUUCCGUGCCCGGGUAG